GGGAUCUUUUCAGGCCUUAUACUUGGCUCCUGCUAUUCUUCACGCCCUGGAGAAAUUCACUGUUUACACACUUGACGUUGCUGUUUUGUAUGGGGUCAGUUCAGCCACCCCAGAGGAGGCCUGUGCACAGGUUUUCUGUGAGGCAAGGAGAACCGCCCCCAGCAUUCUGUAUGUUCCACACAUCCAGCGCUGGUGGGACACAGUGAGUUCAACUUUAAAGGCCACAUUCAUCAGUCUCUUGCAGGACAUCCCUUCAUUCUGCCCAUGUCUCCUCCUCGCCACAUGCAGCUUUCCUCACCACACGCUCUAUCCUGAGGUUCAGGACCUUUUCCAUGUUGAGUAUGGUGAGGUGUUCAAUGUUCCACUUCCAUCUCGGGAGGAGAGGCUAAGAUUCUUUGAGGAUCUUAUUUUAAAUCAAGCUGCUAAAGCACCAGCAUCUAAGAGAGAAGCGGUCCUCCAGGCACUGGAGGUGUUACCAGCGGCCCCUCCGCUGCCUCCCCGCCAGAUCUCUGAGCAGGAGCUGCAGAAACUAGAAGAGCAGGAAGAGGAUACGCUCAGGGAACUCCGCCUCUUCCUGCGGGAUGUCACCAACCGAUUGGCUCAGGACAAACGCUUCAAGGCCUUUACAAAGCCUGUGGACACAGAGGAGGUUCCCGAUUACACUACAGUCAUCAAACAGCCUAUGGACCUGUCCACAGUUCUCUCCAAAAUUGAUCUGCACAAGUAUCAAACUGUGGCGGCUUACCUGCAGGAUGUGGAUCUGAUCUGGCAGAAUGCUCUCGAGUACAACCCAGACAGAGACCCCUCAGAUCGGCUCAUCAGACACCGUGCCUGUGCUCUUAAGGACACUGUGCAUGCCAUAAUCAGAGAUGAAUUAGAUGAGGACUUUGAGAAGAUCUGCGCUGAGAUCAAGGAGUCUCGCAUCAGAAGAGGCUCCACCUCAUCACGGUUCACUCCUGCCUACUACCACGUGCUGCCAAAGGUGUCCGCUACAGUGGAGCAGAAGACAGGUGAUCCAGCACCCAGUAAAGAUGCUACACUUGUGCCAGCACAAGCAGUGAUAUCACCAUAUCAAACAGGAAAUAAUACAGCUUCACAGAUGAAAAAGAAGAGGAAAAACCGAUGGAGAAAUGGCUUCAUCCGCAGAAAGAAAUCUUGCUCACAUUUGAACUCAAAAGAUAACCCUAACACAGCAGAAUCAGGGGACGAAGAGGAGGAUGAAGAGGAAGAUGGAAAACUGGCUGAGAGUGAAGACCCAGAGAAGAUGAAAGAUGUUGAAUGUGAGUCAAUGGAGACUGAUUGCUGUGCUCGUACAGAGGAACCCUUAGAAUCCACGGCUGUAGCACAGAACAACAACAUCUCUAAUGAAGGACAAGAAUGUGACAAUACUGCCUCUGCAAUAGACGAAGUCAUUAGUGUUGAGACCACCCAGAAUAAUGCCAUAAAUGGCCAAAAUGGUGUCCAAGAAUCAGAGAGCACUGAACCUAAGAGGACGGGGCCAAGUGCAGAGGACAACACGGGAACAGAGUUGAGACCGAGGCGGAUGACGAGAGGCUUUAAGAUGCAGGCUGAACAGCAGAGUCUAAUCAGUGUGGAUGCUGCCAUGAAGAUCCUAGAGCAGAAGAACAUGCCUCUUAUCGUGGACCACAACAAACUGAAAGAACUUCUACAGACAGUUGUGGACCUGACAGAGGGAUAUGAGGUCAAUCAGCUGGAGAAACUGUAUGCUCUGCUGUGUCAGAGUAUUUAUAGACACAGGAAAGAUUAUGACAAGACUGCACUUAUACAGGAGAUGUCAAAAGAAGUUGAGGAGUUUUCCUAGUUCUUUAAACAAACUAUACUAUAUAUUUCUUAUAAUAACUCUUCUAUAAAUUAUAUUUUGCUAAUUCUUUAGUCAUGUAUUUUAGUGUUGUGCAUAUUAAAGCCUUAAUCACAAUUAUCAUUGUCUUUGGUUUUUAUACUAAGCAUAUAGUUUGGUAAUGGUACAAAUAUCUGAUCUACACUUUGCCAAAAUAGUUGUGUGUUGUAAUCACUUGUGGUUUCUACUCCUCUGUAUCUGAUCAUAUCUAAAUCAAGCUAGUAGGAAACAUGGGGAAAAUUCCACUUGAAUAUAUGAACAGAUGCAUGAGGGUCACGUGACCGCACGUUGGCUCUGAUUGGACAGUUUCAGAGUUUGGAAGUUGAACGUUUCUGUAGUCAGCGCUCUGGUUUCUUAGCGCAUAGACACUUUUAAAGUCCACAGGUGUGUGCAUCGGGGCUGUAUAUAGUACUGUGUGAGUGUUUUGGUUAAAUUAGCGUCCAAACAUGUUUCAACGCCGAUUUUACGUGACGGCUGGGAGUCGCCUGGCGAUGAUGUCACGACGUAUAACUGACAGCGGUGACGCCUGAUGAUCAUUAAAAACUGCCAUUAAAAUGAGCGCAGAUGAUUGUGUUUACUGAGAGACCCCUAAAACACCAGCGCAGUGUGCCUGGCCAAAUAACAGAGUAACAGAGACAUCAGGGAGAGAGACAUCCGCUCGGCGUGUCAUCUGUCCGGUCCAUCCAGGGUUUUCCCCCCUCUACGUGCGGCGGGUCUCGGUCCGCCUCGCCUCCGCUCUUCCUGCCAGUGUUUGACACUGAACCUCGCGGCCGGAUGUUGACCUCAAAUCUUCGAAUGGGACAAACAUUUAACAUGUAAAUUCAACCUCCUGGAGGUUCUGGCCGUCUUAUAAUUUCUUUUUCACGUUCACAAGCACAAUGUCGAGCAGAAGGAAGUCCACGACCCCCUGCAUGGUGCUUCCAUCAGAUGUUGUAGAGCAAGAUCCUGAUACGGAGGCCCUGGAAGGGAAUGAAGGAGCCGAGAGUAUGGCAGACGGUCCUACUGAAGGAGCAGUGGUUCCCAUGGAAACAGAGACAGAACAUGAGGGGAUCCAUUUCUCGAGUGAGGACGGUCGUUCUUCAGGAAAACGCUCGGGUCAAACGUCACUAGAGCAGCCCAUCUCUGAUCUGAUCGCAGAGGGUGGUUUUGUGCAGACAGAGAUGGAGGAUAGUGAUGACCCCUCAGUUACUGGAAUCCCUCUCAGCAAGACUCCUAUAAUGAAAAUGAAAAGCAAGUCUGAACCCAAGAGAAUAGCCGUGUCUCUAAAAGGCAUGAGUGAAAGCGAGGCAGUGACUGAAAGUGAGAUGGAACUGGAGCCACUGGAAGCGUCGGUGAUGGGCACUUCCAUGGCACCAGAACUCAUGAGCCCAUUGCUCACAGAGUCUGUAAAGCCCAGCGUUCUUGUCAAUAUUUCAAACCCUGUGGUAGCAGAUCAGAAGAAGCUGGUUAUGAACCCUGCGACGGUUCUUCCGGCAAGCUUGGCCCAAGUGCUUUCUGCCUUGCAGGCUCAGCAGAGUGCUCAAACUCAACUUCUAAUACCAGUAAGUAGUAUUCCCACAUAUAACUCUGCGAUGGACUCCAAUGCAGUCCUGGUCAACACCUACAAGAAGUUCCCCUACCCGUCUGUGUCUGAGAUCAUGGGUCUUGCAGCACAGACCAAGUUCAGUGAGGAGCAGAUAAAGAUCUGGUUUUCGGCUCAGCGUUUGAAGCAUGGUGUUAGUUGGACCCCAGAAGAGGUUGAGGAAGCCAGGAGGAAGCAAUUUAAUGGCACAGUCCACACAGUUCCCCAGACUAUCACAGUCAUCCCAGCCCAUCAUUUUUCCACCACUAAUGGCCUGCAGUCUAUUCUUCAGACCUGCCAGAUUGUGGGUCAACCAGGUCUGGUUCUGACACAGGUUGGCACAGCCAACAGCCUCCCAGUGACCACCCCAAUAACCCUGACAGUAGCAGGAAUGCCCAGUCAAAGCCAGACGCCCAAGAUUGCAACCAAUCAAACAAGCCCUGCGCUCAGUGAAACUAAGAGAGCUACUACGGUUCAGCCCCCAUCGCUGACCCCUCAGGAGAACUCUGCACUCAGUGCUGAUCACUUUGGCCUGCGGCCUAAGAAAUCCAAGGAACAGCUGGCUGAAUUGAAAGCAAGCUAUCUGAAGAAUCAGUUUGCCAGUGAUGCUGAGAUAGCUAGGCUAAUGAGGUUGACCAACCUCACCAAAGGUGAGAUUAAAAAGUGGUUCAGCGACACCCGAUACAACCAGCGCAAUUCUAAGAACAGCCAUGCCUUCAUCGCGAAUGACAAUCCCAGGGGUAGUAGCAGUGCCACCAUUGUUAUCGACUCCAGUGAUGAAACACCACAGUCUCCGACGCCAUCGCCCGUCAAAGAGAAGGAGACGCGUGCCAAGACCUGGAACCCCUUCCCGGACUUUACGCUGCAGAAGUUUAAAGAAAAGACACCAGAGCAGUUGGUGGUCCUAGAGGAAAGCUUUCAGAAAUGUGACACACCCACUGAUGAAGAGCUCAGCCGGCUGAGAGCUGAGACGAAACUUACCAGACGUGAGAUCGAUGCCUGGUUUACAGAAAAAAGAAAAACCCCUGUGCCUGAUUCCUCAGAGCCAAAAGCAGAUGGUGAAACAUCCCAAAAGAAGGGGAGCCAAACUCCACCUGGAGGAAAGAAGCUAAGCAAAGAGAAGGUUACUAAGAAAACUCCCGAGCAGCUUCAUGUUCUAAAGACUGCAUUUGUUCGCACCCAGUGGCCAUCGGCGGAAGAAUACGACCAGCUGGCUGAGGAGAGUGGACUGCCCCGUUCCUACAUCGUCAACUGGUUUGGCGACACGCGCUAUGCCUGGAAGAACGGCAACUUGAAGUGGUAUUUUUACUAUCAAAGUGGAAACAUGGGAGGAACGAAUGGCAACAAAAACAGAAAACGGAGGAUUCGAAACCGCGGUUGGGGAAGAACCCGUAGUAGAAAAGCGAAGAAGCACACAGAAUCGGAAAAGAAUUUACCAAUCAGGUUCAAGUCUGGACGGGAUAUUCUGAAGGAGUACUACUUGAAGCACAAGUUCCUGAAUGAACAGGACUUAGAUGAGCUUGUCGCCAAGUCUAACAUGAGCUACGAGCAGGUGAGAGAGUGGUUUGCAGAGAUUCAUCAGAAGGAGGAAAUGGGUACCAACCCGUUUGAAGAUAAAAUGGGAAAUGAAGACCAAGAUGAGGAGGAGGACGAGUCACAGGGUGAAAAUGAGACUGCGGUUGAGGAGCAAGGACCUGUUUUGGGAGAUGAAGACGGUGAUGAAGAUGAUGACGACACUGAUGACAGCGAUGCCUGGGAGCCUCCACAGAGCAUUCGAAAAACAUUGCCUAUGUCUGAGGGUCAGUGAUCGUUCUGAAUUGGCUUUAUUCUGAGCAAUGGCCCUUGGUGAAAAACCAUGACUGUGUUGGGUCUCGACCACAUGCCCUCUACCACUGCACCAAUUCUGCUUAUAUUCUUUGUAGUUUCACAUAAGGUUUGACAAGAUCUUUCUAUCAUAAACACUGAGGAGAACCGUUUUUGGUCAGAAUGUUUGACUACAUUCAAAGAUUGAGAAGUCAUGCACAUUAACAGGGUUUUUUCUCUGUGGCUCUGAAGUGCAUCCCUCAAAUAAUAUUAAUAAUGUCAUGCAUACAAUUUGAACUUAUGUCUAUCAGAAUUGAUCAUGCACCUUAAACCCUUGUACAUGCAAAGACAUCCUAGGCCUUUCUAUAGGGUCUUUUAAAUGGGCUUUUUUCAUUUGGAGUCAAAUGGAGAACACUUAGUGCCAAAGGUAUUGUAUUGAAUGUUAUGGUUCCCUUAAUAAUGGACACAGUAGCUAAUUAAGGGAAUAUACAUGAAUACAUUGUGAAUUGGAUGCAUGAGGCACUUUGUCAACCACCGUGAUGUUAAACGGAGUUUAGCCACCUUAUUUGUCAAGGGCAAGACCAAACUUUUCAGAUCGAAUUUUCUAAUUCAGUGACACAAAAGUGUUUUAUUUUUCAUUCCCAGUGUUUUAUCGUCUACAUACUGACCAUGGAUAUCUGAUAUACAGCACAGUACAUCCUAACAGGAAGUUGUAGGUGUUCCUGUAGUCCCGUUGACUGGGGUUAAUGGAGGUCAUCUUCAAACAAUAACAGUUAAUACUCAUAUUGCUGGGAAAGUUAUUUUGUGGAAAUAAACAGGUGAUGUGA